AUGAACUCUGAAGAAAUUUUUGACUCAGUUAAGGAUCUCCCAUUUGCUGAUGGUAACUUUAACGCCACUCCAAAAGUCAAGGAACCAACGAUAAGUUUCAAGUUGUCCAAGGAUGCUACCAAAACCGUGACUUUGUUCAACAUUCACGAUCACAAAAGUGUUCCAUCCAAUUUGAUAAAAGUGCUUGAAAAUGAGUUCAAUUAUGUGGUUGAAGAAGGUAGGACAUAUCCUUAUCACAGUAUAGUGGAAGGGGAAGCGUUUGUGAAAUAUUGGUUUACUCAUUUUGUAGCGGUGUUACUACAAGGGGAAUACAAGACAUUCGAAGAAUUGGGUGAUUUGUCAACAGAACAAUGGAAAAAUAUUUUUUUGGGGACCUUUUAUGUUAAACCAAACUAUACUGGCAGAUGUUCCCAUGUCUGUAAUGCCGGCUUUAUAGUAAAUCAUGAGAAACGAGGGCUCGGAUUGGGUAAGGAAUUGGGUAAAAAGUAUCUUCAAGUUGCACCAGAAUUGGGAUAUGUUUAUUCUGUGUUCAAUUUAGUAUUUGAAACAAAUGUUGCCAGUUUGAAGAUCUGGGAUUCACUUGGGUUUGAUAGAAUCGGUUAUGUUAAAAAUGUGGCAGUAUUAAAAGGAGAGAAUAAACUAGUUGGGGCAUACAUGUAUGGGAAAGAUUUACAAUAA